AUGAGACCUCCUGUUGGUGGUCUACUACUUCGAUAUCGGGGAAGGAAAUUGCGUGUUCAAAGAGAUAGGAAUCAGAGGUUCUUAGUUAAGGCGUCUUUAGAUAAUUCGGUUCUGGUCGUUGUUGCUGUCACUGCAUUCUCUGCUUUUUCUCUUGCCCACUUUUAUCACUACAUUAAUAGCAACAUCAAGAAGAGCAAAAGGAGUACCUCUAGCUCUACUGAGAUUAUUGGAAGCCCGUUUUCGUAUUUUGGAGAGACCCUUGAAGUAGAAAGCAAAGAAUUUGCUGAUAAUACAAGUGAAAAUAGCCAUAUGUUUGAGGAAAAAGAGACACGUGUACAAUUUCAGAAGACUGCAUCAGUGCAUGAUAGUUCUUUUUCAAUGAAAACAGUGGAGUCUUCUGGUGAUACUUUUGUUGCUGCUAACGGUUGUGAUCGUGUGGUUGUUGAAGAAUCUGAAGUUGGUGGUGCUGAGGCAUCUCCUUUUCCUUCUGUGCUUGGUGAAUCAGGCUCUGCGCUACCUCUUAAUUUUGCAACACAAAUGACUGAGUUGACAUUGGAAAAAAGUGGGGAAGAAACUGAGUUUGGUUUUGAGUUGUCUGAACCGGCGGUAAAGGUGAAGUCUAGUGCUGUUUCGGUUCCUGUAAAUAACGAGUCUGUUGAAAAGGCUGGGCUUUCUAGCUAUUAUGGUGCCAUUAGCGAAUCUGUUAGAGAAGACCUUUACACCUUUUAUGGGGCAAACCAAUCAGUGGUAGAAUCUGCAUCAAAUUUAGGUUUAAAAGAAGCAUCUUCUCAUACCUCUCUGCUUAAAAGCAAACGAUUUUCUUCCUUGAAACUGAAUGCUGUACUAGGGAGGGAAGAUUUAUCUGCUCAGCAGUCUCUUCAAGCUGCAGAUUAUGUCGAAAAAAGGAUUCCUCUUGCACAUUAUAAAGGAGGGUCGUUUCAUAAAAUUAAAAAUUUUGAAAAAAGCAGGGGAUUUCCAAGAAACAAGGAAAUAAAACAUCCAAUUCCGGACCACCAUUUGAAACUCCCACAGGUUCCCUAUCCAAAUGGCAUUAAUUCUAAAGAAAAGGACCAUCCUCCAGAGGAAUUCAAUGCUUACAAUUGUUUGCUAAGAGAGGGGAGGUUAGCUGAGUCUGUAGAUUUGCUUGAAGAUAUGGAAAGAAGGGGUUUGCUAGACAUGAACAAGGUUUAUCAUGCAAAGUUUUUCAAACUCUGCAGAAAUCAAAAGGCUAUCAAGGAAGCUUUUCGUUUCUGCAAGCUGGUUGAAAAUCCAACCUUGAGUACAUUUAACAUGCUUAUGUCCGUGUGUGCUAGUUCACGAGAUUCAGAGGGAGCCUUUGAAGUUCUAAAACUUGCCAAGGCUGUCGGAUUGAAAGCUGACUGCAAACUUUACACAACUUUAAUAUCAACCUGUGCUAAGAGUGGAAAAGUUGAUGCAAUGUUUGAAGUGUUCCAUGAGAUGGUUAAUGCUGGAGUUCAACCUAAUGUUCAUACUUAUGGAGCACUUAUUGAUGGUUGUGCCAAAGCAGGACAAGUUGCCAAGGCAUUUGGUUCUUAUGGGAUAAUGAGAUCUAAGAAUGUGAAGCCAGACCGAGUUGUCUUCAAUGCACUCAUCACUGCUUGUGGUCAAUCAGGAGCAGUGGAUCGUGCCUUUGACGUGUUAGCAGAAAUGACGGGUGAGGCACACCCUAUUGAUCCUGAUCACAUCACUGUUGGCGCACUGAUAAAGGCUUGUGCAAAUGCUGGUCAGGUUGACCGGGCACAGGAAGUGUACAACAUGGUCCAUAAAUAUAACAUCAAAGGCACUCCAGAAGUUUAUACAAUAGCUGUUAAUUGUUGCAGCCAGACUGGUGAUUGGGAGUUUGCAUGCAGGGUGUAUGAUGACAUGACAAGAAAAGGCGUGGUCCCCGAUGAGAUGUUUCUCAGUGCAUUGAUAGAUGUAGCAGGCCAUGCUGGAAGGGUGGAUGCUGCAUUUGAAAUCGUACAAGAGGCCAAGGCUAAAGGAACACGACUGGGAAUUAUACCAUAUAGCUCAUUGAUGGGAGCUUGUUGCAAUGCCAAAAACUGGCAGAAGGGACUAGAGCUUUAUGAGGAUAUAAAAUCCAUGAAACUAAAGCCAACGGUGGCAACUAUGAAUGCUUUGAUCACUGCCUUGUGUGAUGGGGAUCAACUUCCAAAGGCUCUUGAAGUUUUGUCGGAAAUGAAGAUAUGGGGCCUUUGCCCAAAUACCAUUACGUACUCCAUACUCUCAGUGGCAAGUGAGCGAAAGGAUGAUCUAGAAGCAGGCCUCAUGCUUCUUUCUCAAGCCAAAAAAGAUUUCGGUGCCCCUACCCUCAUUAUGUGUAAAUGCAUAGUUGGCAUGUGCUUGCGGAGAUUCGAGAAUGCUCGUUCCCUUGGUGAGCCUGUUUUGUCUUUCAACUCAGGAUGGCCUCAAAUUGAAAACAAAUGGGAGGAAGGGAGGACAUCGCUGGCCUUAGUGGUCUACCGUGAAACAAUUGCAGCUGGUGAGAGGCCCACAAUGGAACUUGUUUCACAAGUUUUGGGAUGCCUGCAGCUCCCUUGUGAUGCCUCACUGAAAAACAGACUUAUUGAAAAUCUGGGUGUCAGUACUGCUGUCUCAUCAAAAUGCUCUAACAUCUGUUCUUUGGUGGAUGGAUUUGGAGAAUACGAUCCUCGUGCUUUUUCCUUACUUGAGGAAGCUGCUUCUCUUGGAAUUAUUCCAUUGGUAUCCUUCAAAGAGAGUCCUAUUGUUGUUGAUGCUAAAAAGCUGCAAAUUCAUAUUGCCGAGGUGUACUUCUUAACUAUUUUGAAAGGUCUGAAGCAUCGGCUUGCUGCUGGUGCAAAGUUACCAAAUGUAACCAUUUUACUGCCCAUAGAGAAGGCACAAAUCAUGACUCUUGAAGGGGGAAAACAAUCAAUGAUCAGCCAGGCAAUUGCAUCGCUUUUGAGAAGGCUAGGACUACCUUACCAAGGGAAUGAAUCAUAUGGAAGAAUUAGAAUCAACGGGAUUUCCUUGAGAAGAUGGCUUCAGCCAAAGCUUGAUUCUCCAUUACUCUUGCAUGCUAUGAUGGGGGGUCGGUCUCUCCACAAAACUAAAAAUUUCAGAAAAACCAAUAGAUUUCCAAGAGACAAAGAAGAAGGCAUCAGUUCAAAACUGCCAGAGCUCCUCUCCUAUCCAACUGGCCUGCCUUCUAAACUAAAGGACCAUCCUCCAAAGUUAUACGGUGCUUACAAUCUGUUGCUAAGAGAUGGAUAUACAAAUGAUUGCAAAUUGAACUUUACGCUCUACAACAUUAAAUCGGCCUUUGCUAAGAGUGGAAAAGUUGAAAAACAGCAUGGCGAUUACAGGCUUUCGUUAUGA